AUGAGUCUCUGGGUUCUAAGCAUAAUAUCCUGUCUUUUUUUUCUCUUUCUACAGGGAGCAGAUGUGAACCUUCCUCAUGACACGCUGUUGCCACUGCAUAGCGCCUGUAUGGUGUGCGACGCGGACUGCGUAGAGCUGCUUUUAGAGAAUGGAGCCAAUGCCAAUGCACUGGAUGGCAAUCAGGACACACCCUUACACUGGGCAGCCUUCAAAAACAUGGACAGUUGCGUGCUGGUGCUACUGGAGGGCGGAGCCAAGGUGAACGCCUUGGAUUACAAUCAGGACACACCUCUGAGCUGGGCCGUCAUGAAAGGCAAUCUGGAGAGCGUUCGGUUGCUCUUAGACUACGGAGCAGUGCCUGAUACCACCAACCUCAAGGGGAUGUACCCUGCCGGGAGGCUCGCGGCUCUGAUGGGCAGAGGUUUGGGCGGCGAGAGGGAGGAGCAAUGCCUGGAACUUUUGCACAGAGCUUGUGGGAAUCUGCGGAUGAGAAGGGAAGGAGGUGUGCCCCCUGAGGCGGCACGACAUGCUCAAUUGUGCCAACGCCUUCUCAAGCUGUGUUCAGAACCUGGGUCUUUGAAAGCUCUUGCGAGGAGAGUGGUUAGGCGUAGUCUUGGAGAACGUCUGCUCUCAAAUGUAGUGACUGAGCUGCCUGUUCCUAAAUCUAUCCAGAACUAUCUUCUGCUUAUAGAGUAA